UCAACAAGCAAAUUUCUGCAGGGGGUAAAGCUCCCGCGGAAGAGCCUACCCAUAUACACUUCAGAUCAUGGAGAGAUAUGUCGGCAUCAAACCGCAAGUGAUCAAGAAAGCCGUGUCUGUAUCCAUCGAAGCUCAUAAGAGCCUGGGAAGCCGUGUCUCGUUGAAAGGAAGGUCCCCGGUAGCCCUUCGCAGGUCAUCGUGGCCUUCCCUGGAUCUUGGUCUCUGGACGACUGGUUCGUCGGAGACAGCGAAGCCAUGCCUUUCGGAGAGACCAAGAUCGACACCAAAAGGUUCCGGUCUCUCAAAAGCAUCGGCAAGGAUGUGGUCGCCACGGUCAGCGAGGCAUUCAUGGCAAGAUUCCUACGCAUUCUGGAUGACAGAAGUACGUUCCGCGCAGAGGUGACAAAGGCGACGGAGAAGAAUAAGCAAAUAAUAUUUGCAGGCCAUUCGUUGGGUGGUCCAAUCGCGAUGUACGCAACUGUUUGGUUUCUUGAGGAAUAUGCUAGAUCAAACAAGAAGCAGACUUCCCGUCCUCUCUGUUUGACAUUCGCAUCCCCGCUUACAACCGAUCUCACCUUUUGCCAUGCCAUCCGGCGUGAGGGUUGGUUUGAUUGCUUUGUCCACUUCGUUAUGAAACUUGACAUCGUUCCCAGGAUUCUACUCGCUCUUCACUAUUCCGCAGCAGAGUUGCUGCAAGAAAUUCCCCGUUUCUCCAACCCGCAUCACAAAGCCGACAAGGCAAAAUUGGCUUUGUUAUUUGCGAAUGUGAUGAAGAAUGCAUCAUGCGUUGCAAGCCAUGCAGCUUGCGCACUGACGGAAAGCAAACAUACGUUAUUUGACACCAUGUCUAGAUUUAUCAAGCUAAGCCCUUACAGACCAUGCGGUAAGUACGUCUUUUGCACUGAGACCGACAGGUUGGUGGUCGUGAAGAACCCAGACGCGGUUCUUCAAAUGUUGUUUCACUCUUUACAGAUUGGGUCUGACACGGAGCUUCAGGACACAGCAGUGGCAAGCUUGAAGGCACACUGGAGAUAUAAAGAUACAUUACGUAAAAGCUCGGACAUGUACAAUGUAGUUUGUUUGGAGAACCUCCCAGAAUUACCUCUCAGCUCAGACAAUACUACAGAUAUUGGUGCCGCAUUAAGCGACCUCAAUCUGUGCAUACCGGCAAGGCUGUGUCUUCGUGCUGCUGGAGAGUCAGAGAAGCACAAAGCGGAUAACCAAAGGUCUUAUGCAAGAAGGAUGCCAUAAAGAAGGCUCUCAGAAAACUAGACGACUAUCGGACCACAUGCAAGACUGAUGGCAUGGGAUAUUAUGAUGCUUUCAAGAUGCAAGAGGAGGAGGAAGAUUUCAAGGCCAAUGUAAAGAGACUCGAACUGGCAGCCAUGUGGGAUGAGAUUAUCGAAAUGAUAAGACAAGAGCAGCUCCCAGAUAAAUUUGAGGCAGAGAGAGAAUGGUUGGAGCUCAGCACGCAGUUUCGCCGACUUGUGGAGCCAAUAGACAUAGCCAACUACUAUCGACACUUGAAGAAUGAAGAUGCAGGUCCUUACAUGACCAAAGGAAGGCCAAGACGGUACCACUAUCCACAAAGAUGGCGAGAACAUGCUGAGCAAUUAGAGAGGGAUUCAAGUGGUGAAUCCUGCUUUUGGGCCGAGGUGGAGGAGCUCAACGUUGCAAUUGCCAACAAGAAACCAUGGAAAGAAAUAGAGAACAGGGUUUUGACUUUGGAGAAGAACCUAAGAAAAUGGUAUGAUAAAAAGGAGGUGGAUAAGGAUGUGUUCUUAGAAAAGAGCACACUGGUAAAGUGGUGGCAUACUCUUCCUGAUUACCAUAAGGCAAAUUCCUGCAUCAAAGAACUCAUUCCAAGCUUGAAAAGCCAGACCCAGCAACAGGCUGGCAUCGACUAAAGAGGAGUCCUUCCCGUUUUCAGUUAUUUUCUCUUUACAGUAGAUGUUUUCAAUGAAAUAAAUUACCCUUCAAAAAACAGGAGCGAAUCUCUGAAAUCUUCUUCAUGUCCCUGAAGAUCCU